AUGAUUGGCGUAAGCAAUAUUACUAAUAGGACGGAUCCAAACAGUCUCAAGUCUCGUGUUUUCGUUGGAAAUCUUAAUACAGUGCACAUGACAAAAACAGAGCUUGAGUCCAUUUUCUCGAAAUAUGGAGCAGUCGUGGGAAUAUCAGUACACAAAGGAUAUGCGUUCAUUCAAUACGCAAAUGAGACUAAUGCGCGAGCCGCAGUUAUUGGUGAAGACUCAAAAACGUAUUACAAUAUGGUUUUAGAUGUAACCAUAGCAUCCGAACCAAAAAACCGCAAGCGAGGGAGAUCGAAUAUUGGUUCGUCGCUUCCGUCCUGGAACCCCUUGACAAGCACUAACCUUUCAGAACUUGCCUUACAAGCUCAAGCCCUUAGCAGUAUAACUGGAAAUUCGGUUCUAUCACUGCAGCAGUUUGGUUUGGAAGGUAUUAUGGGCCAGCCUAACCUCGUUAAUUUUGCUGCUGCGGCAAAUUCAGUGUUCCAUACCCCCUCAUUGUCUGCCUUAAACGUUUCUAGUGCCCAAACUGCAGUUACAGCGGGUAACAUACGUAAUAAAUAUACCAGAUUAUCGAACGCCACAACAACUACAUCUUCAACAACUCCUAACUCUCUUGCUGCCAAACGUACUCGUUUGGAUGGAGUGUUAGGUAAUACUGGUAAUCAUAAUUUUAACUCGAACUCGUCUUUACCUGCUGGGGCUAGAGGACAGAAUUUAGUCUCACUUGUUUCUGCAACGGAUAGCCUCAUACCUUCAGCAAAUCGUCGCCAAUCAUCAAACUCUGGUCCUGUUCGUUCUGUGUCCGAUCAAUCAACCAGCAACUCUUUAGUGCGUAAUCGAAUUGUGACGUCUACUUCCUCUCGUACAACGAACUCAUCCACAACCAGUUCAAAUCAAAAUUCACAACCGGCGGAAAAAAAUUCCGAUGUACAUCUAAAUCGCCCACAAAAUCUAGGCCAUUCCUUCGAAUCUGACCAUCCUACUGUUCAACAGCCCAAUCGUACAGCUUCGUCGACAAAAAGCAAUAGUCCCCAUUCAAGUGUCCAUUCACAUUCAGAGGAUAUUCUGAUAUGUGGACGUUGUCGUCGUUUAUUUGAACAAGUUGAUGAACUUAUUUCACAUAAAAUGGCUGGUUGCAGUUUGGACAAAGAUAACGGAGCUAGUUGUCGUUGUCGAGCCGUUGGUGAACCAGAGAAUUUAGAAUGUGCAUAUUGUGGUGCCAACUUUUCAACUGCUUGGGGACUGAUGCAUCACUGUCAUAGUGAUCAUUUUUUGACUAUAUAUGCCCUUCCAUCACCUCCUCCAUCCCCUUCUGCAUCAUCUAAUUCUCCAUCUUCUGAACGUUCUUCAAUAGUUUCUCGCCGAUCUGCCAACAAUGAAGGGGAGAAUUUGUCUGAAAAAUCUAUGAGAUCAAAUUCUCACUCAGAUAGAUCAAAUCAUACAGGUAAGCACGCUACAUCACUUGUGAGGCAAAACAUAAAGCCUGAGCAUCCUACAUUCGAUAACCACCAUUCUUCCAGUUCACAUAGUGUUGAAGAAAACCGUGAAAAUAGCGACUGGGAUGCAGAGGAGGAUGAUGAGAAUAACGACCGCAGUGGAGGUGAUACUCCAACACUGGAAUCAGUGCAUAAUGGAAAAUUUAGCUCGCCGGAUAUCCCAAGAGAUCACUCAUGUGAUCAGUCAGAUGCAAGAUCUACAUCUGGUGCUUCAGAUUCAGAAAUAUCAAAUGAAAUUCGUAGCAAGCGGUUACUGAAAUCACGAUCCCCGCCCUGUCCUCGAAGAAGUCGUGGUAGUGAAUAUGGCCGUCAUGAGACUCUGAAUAAUUACUCAGACCAAUGCUACCAUCACAACAGCAACAAUCAUAUCUCAAAUUUGGUUCUACAUUUAUUCAAUUUUCAUUCAUUCAUUUAA